AGCACACGAUCAUGCGGCUUCCCCUCUCAGUGUUCAGUGUUCAGUCGACUGUCGUAACCCGGGGAGGUACCUCCAUUUAGCACCUGGGCACUCCGUCGACCACUUCGUCCCAUUGCAUAUAGCUCUCUACUACUACAUCAUCACCACAGCCCGCGAUAGCAUCAUCUCCGGCCUCAGUAUUGGCGCGCUGCUCUGGAAAGCCACAUUACCCACCAAUUCCACGCUCAGAGCCCCAGUCUCAGCCCGUACAAGUGCGUCGACGAACAGGCCAACCGUGUGCCCACUGGGACGUUACUAGAUCGCACGACGAGAUAGAGAGACAGACGCCUAGGUAGGGGUAGCUACCCCUAGAACAACAGUCAAAACGGCGUCUCCAGACCAAGAACCUGCCGGCGGCGCCUCGCCCGCGUCGCCGAGCCAGUCAACUGCUGGCGCCUCUCGCGGCAUGGCUAGCAUGGCUCGUCCCAUCAUGCAGUCCAUGCCAGACACGCGACAUCAGUCUUUCGACGAGAUCUACGGUCCGCCAGAGAACUUCUUAGAGAUUGAGGUCCGCAAUCCGCGCACCCAUGGCACCUCGCGGCACAUGUAUACUGAUUAUGAAAUCGUCUGCCGAACCAACAUCCCCGCCUUUAAAUUGCGCCAGAGCAGCGUGCGCCGGCGGUACAGCGAUUUCGAGUACUUCCGGGACAUCCUAGAGCGCGAGAGUGCGCGCGUCACUAUCCCGCCCCUACCUGGCAAGGUCUUCACGAAUCGCUUCUCUGACGAUGUCAUCGAAGGCCGGCGGGCUGGCCUUGAAAAGUUCCUCAAGAUCGUUGUCGGCCAUCCCCUCCUGCAAACGGGAAGCAAAGUGCUUGCCGCGUUUGUACAAGAUCCCAACUGGGACCGCAACGCAUGGUGACUGCGGCUAUUUGACUCAUGGGCUUCCUCGCCAGGCCGUACACCGCGCAAGCUGCGCAAACGGAGCCUACCCGUUCGCUACCUCGAGGACCGGCAAUACGUGAACCUUGAAGCAUCCGUGUCCGGGUUGAGGGGAAUGAACCACAGCAGUACCGAAGUUUGCAAUAUCAACUGGGAGGCCGGCAACGCUCAUGAGCGAACAGCAGACGAAAACUACCUAAGAUCACACGUGCGAAGUCGAUCGACAACUAACUGAAUACUGCGACAAUGAAGCAACAUGGCUUGUUUCCUUGUUUUCUUAUCUCAUCAAGUUUUAGGGGUGGAGAGAAUCCGACACGGCAUUUUGGCUUGGGCAAGAACAUGUUUUGAAUCCAUUCUAUUGUAAGCGACUAGGAGAAUGAAUAUGUGUACAUGAAUACCAACAUGGAGAGCAUGAAUGAGAUGGAGUGGGGAGGAUAUAUCCAGCAAAUCACACUUCUUUUUCCACAUAUCUCUAUUGUCAUUUGUCUGUCCGCUCUAGAAGUAUAGCGGUGAUGAGCUAGUGGUGGUGGUGGUGGUGGUAGUAGUAGUAGUAGUAGUAGU